AUGUUGCUUAAUCUGUCAACAUUGAUUAACUCGACAUCGAUCUACGAGGCUAAAACCUGCGGAGACAGAGGACAGGGACUCGUCGCGAAUGAGAGCUUUGACGAAGGAGAGUGUAUCGUCUGUGAAGAAGUGAUGGUCGCCGUGGGGACUCUUGAGACCACGGGAGGUUCAAUCGCUUCAUAUAACAAGUAUCUUGCGCAGCAAGUGAAAGCCGUGGCGAAUCCGAGUUUCAGUCGCAGGUUCUUCGAGCUUCCCCAUCUGCCGAAGGAAAAAUGGGGUCCGUUUGCAGCUGUUUUCGAGCGAGGUUCCAUCCCAAUGCAGAUAGGGGCCGUGAGAGGUCGAGUCCUUGGUUUGAGCUCCGCGUACCUCAACCAUGCAUGUCUUCCAAACGCCCAGCACACGUUGUUUACAAUGAAAUGCAACGAUGACAGGGAGGAGAGAUAUUUCCUGACCGUAUAUGCUUGUAAGAAGGUUGCGCAGGGGGAGGAGAUAACAAUUCCAUAUGACGUCUUGUACAUGGAUAGAGCCAGCCGCCAACAGUUCCUCCUGCAGGAGUAUGGGUUUGAGUGUGCUUGCAAGCUCUGCGGAAAAGAAAACUCCAGAAUUGAGGCUGGGUUUGAACUUAUCUACUUAAAGCUCCCAAUCAUCUUCACGGAAAAGGUAAUCGAUGCAGAACCGGCAGGUAUCCUGCAGAUGGCCCACACGCUUUUAGACAUACACCUCAAGGCUGAAAUAACUGAUAAUCGAUUUGCUCGGAUUUGGGAACAUUGUGCAUUCGUCUGCACGUGGCACUCUGAUGAGGGGAGGGCAAUGGUGUUCUUGUCAAAGGCUCAGAAUGCCUUUCUCAAAAUCCAAGGGGCCAACGGCAAGGACUUCUUGCGAAUUAAAGAAUUGCAGAAAGAUCCAAUGAAAACUUCGCAUUCUGGAAGUACGCAGAGAGGACUCUCUUCAAAAAAUGAUAUGGAUAUUAUCCGCAGAAAUCAAGAGCGAGACGUGGAAAUCCUGUUCAUGCUUGAUGCCAAUGACCUUGGAGAUUACAUCAAGCUUUCCGAGUAUGAACGGGCGCAUACUAGCACAAUGGAAGCGGGAGAUGAAGGGGAUAAUUGUGAGAAAAGCUCAAUCGUAGAUAUCGACGAGCUGGUAAGGGAACUCCAGGUGGAAAAAAAAGAACACGAUCAGUCUCGUCACCGACAUGCCAGCGGCGCUGAAGCUAAGUCGAAGAAAGCAAAGCGCAAGGGCAGUGAGAAAUACAAAAAGAAGGCCAGGGAUAACGUUGGUGGAGGAGAUGUUGAUGGUGAUAAGAAUCAAGAAAAGGGGAAGCAAUCCUAG